CAAGGGGGAAAAAAGGAUCAGUGGCAGCUAGUAGGCCGGUGACGUCGACCGCAGAGCGCCACCCGAACAGGAAGGGGAGCCACCUUCGGUAGGAGUCGUGACAGAUAGUAUGUUAGCUAGGUGGCUAUGACUUUCCAACACAACACUGGAACUUUUCCAAGUCAAGCGGAUGAAAUGUUCUCUGACAUUUACAAGAUCAAAGAAUCACCAAAUGGGAUGUUAUUGGAAGUUGAGGGAAAGAUGGUUAGUAGAACGGAGAAUAUCGAUGACUGUCUGUUGGGGGCAAAUGCGUCGGCGGAGGUGCAGGAUGACGGCUGUGAGUCCAGCACAGUCUGUGGAGUGGACAUUGUCCUCAACCACAAACUGCAGGAGACAUCCUUCACCAAGGACUCAUACAAGGGCUACAUCAAGGACUACAUGAAGGCGAUCAAGGCUAAGCUGGAGGAGAACAACCCAGACAGAGUGAAGCCUUUCAUGGCUGGAGCUCAGGAGGAGAUCAAGAAGAUCAUGGGCAACAUGAAGAACUACCAGUUUUUUACAGGUGAGUCCAUGAACCCAGAUGGUAUGGUUGGGCUGCUGGAUUUCCGUGAGGACGGCAUCACUCCCUUCAUGACAUUCUUCAAAGACGGCCUGGAGAUCGAGAAAUGCUAACACUGGACUAAGUGUUUCAAUUGGCUGCUCAGCUGCAUCUCACCUGACCCACGACCACCAACCAACGAGACGACUGCUCUGCAUAACAUUUGGAUUGAAAGCAUUUAGUUACAAUUGUUAUAUUAUAUCUGAUUGGAAUGGAAGUAUUACUUUAAAGUAUUAUAAGAUGCCCAAACUAUGUAAUGUCUAUGGGGUUGGCUGAAGGGGUGCUGUGACAGUAUUUUGGUGUUGAUUCUGUAAUUGACCUUACUGAUUACUGUGUUGAACUCUUGACUAUUGCAUUCAGGUAAACUGGUAUAUUCAGGAAGGCCCAAUCAGAACAUUCAGAUAUAUAUAUAUAUGGGAAAUUCAAUAUGUCACACACAGUUUGCUGGGAUGAUUUGUUUAUCUCUGAGAAGACAAUGUUUCAGUCCAUUGAUUAGUUAUUCAUUAAUUGGUUAUUUAUUGUUGAUUGAUUUAACUCUCAGGCCUCCAUUUGCUUGGUUUACAGUUACAUUAGAUGUGACACCCUUACUAAAGGUAGUGGGAUAGCUUAGGACUUCCUGAUUUGAGUUGUGAAAAAUUAAACGAACACUGGGUAAAACAUU